GGGAUCGAUUCCUAUAUGUUCUUCAGGCUAUUGUGCUUGCUGGGCUUACUUCUGGAACUGUUGUUCCAACACCGGCCCUUCAACCAGCGCCGAAGUGAUUCUCAUACUACACAAACAUCAACCCUCUAUCCUCGUCCUUGGCGCGGGCGAGCUUGGCCUCUCCAUCCUUCGCGGGCUUUCAUCCCAUCCUUCCAAGCCCAGCGUCACCGUCCUCCUCCGGCCCCUAUCCAUCCAGACUUCAACACGGAGCUCGAGCAAACCCUCUCGAGCCUCAGCGUUUCCAUCACACACGGCGACCUCACCGCACCAACCUCCAGCCUCGCCUCCGGCUUCGUCGGCGGCCCCGGCACCCAACUCAGCCUACGCCGCGCGGCGCUCCAAUCGCGCGCGAAGCGGUACAUCCCCUGGCAGUUCGGCGUGGCCUACGACGUCCUCGGCCGGGGCAGCCCGCAGCCGCUCUUCGACGAGCAGCUCGACGUGCGCGCCCUUCUCCGCGGCCAGGGGCGGACGCGGUGGACGAUCGUCUCCACCGGCAUCUUCACGCGUUUCCUCCUCGAGCCGGCUUUUGGCGUUGUCGAUCUCGGUCGGCGCACGGUCACGGCGCUGGGGCGGUGGGCGAAUGAGGUGACGGCGACGACUGCGGAGGAUAUUGGGCGGUUGACGGCUCGGAUCGCGUUGGAUGAGAAUGAGCGUGGUGGGACGGGGUGGGACGGGGUGGUGCAUGUCGCGGGGGAUACUACGACGUUCCAGGGUGUGGCGGAUGUGGUGAAGACGCACGGGUGGGAUUUGCAGGAGAGGGUGGCCACGGUUGAGGAGCUGGAAGGGAGGCUUGCGGAGGAUCUGGAGAAUUGUGCGUUGAGGUAUCAGUUGGUUUGGGCACGGAAUAAGGGGGUGAGUUGGGAUGUUGCGAGGACUUGGAAUCGUCAGAGGGGGGUAGAGAUGGAGGGACUAAAACAGUCUGCUGAAAAGACUUUGCCGAGGCCGUAAUGAGUGGCAAUGAAUCAAAAUUGAAUACAUACUGAUAACAAGUUCCACAGCGAUUGUAAUAUUCAUGAAUUGCAGAUGCCCGCUAUUGGGCCUGGUAUCACAUGGGAAGACGAACUCAUACGUGCGUCGCGGGCGCCACACCUUGAGAGAAGAGCCCUCCACCGUGAACCAACCGUGUCCUGGCCCGAAGCUAGCUUGCAGAUGGGCAGAUGAUUCUUUGAGAGAAAGCGGUGAUUUUGCAAGGAGUGAAUCACUUGGCAUCCAAAUUCGCGGAAUGUAGCAUCCACUUCUAAACGCAGCUUUCCGAAGUGACACGCUGGAAUGACGGUGGAAGAGGUUCCGAUCGUGUGGAUGUAGAAGUUGGAUGAACGCGGCGUGGUUAUAUGCAUGCACGAAGAAGGGAACGGGGACCUGCAGAGCGACUAGAUCAUGAGUAUUGGUCAAUCGUCAAGGUUCACCUUCACAUGAACAUGGAAAGAAGAGAUGAAGGACCAUUCAGAAUGGUCCAAGCGCGACACGUCCUCUACCCAUCCCACCUCCCCACAUGGAUUCAUAUGCGGCGCACAGGCGAUGCGUAUGCGAUCAGCGCUCGAAGACAUCGGACGAGUAGGAGCGAUGAGUUUGUCAUAGGUCUGCCAGCGGUGUAAUCGCCCGAAGAGUCGCCCGAGACUAUGACUAACUGUCGUCGUGGUUGAGUGACUCCAACAUUGGACAAUAACUCCGAGAGGCAAGCUCUGUUCGAGCGCGAGACCAGUGCACACCGCUAUGGCGAUGUGCUAUAUGCCCCAAAAGAAAGGAAGUGGUGUUGGGGAACCAGAUGAGCCAGGAUGAGAUAGCGCAAAGCAACCGCGUCGGGUCGAAGGCCCACAUCGAUAUC